AGUGAAGUUUAAGCAGUGUGUUGAAAAAGCUAAAUUUAUUGGCCACUGGCCUCUAAUAACUGCACUAUAAAAGCAUCUUGCCAUCAGAAAAGGUUUGCAUUCUGAAGCCAACUGGCCAACAUGAAUCCCUUGGUGACUGUCACAGUACUGUUUCUGCACUCUCUGUAUACCAAUGCAAUAGAUAUCACAGAAAAUGGAUACCCCAUUUUGUGGGACAAGGCACCAGGACUCACCUCCGAACUGCCCUCUGCUGAUGGUGCAGUUACCAUCAAUCCCUGGAACUAUCUGGAGAGAAUGAGUAUGUACAGGUUACUGAUAAGUGCCACAGAGAUGUAUAUGACCUCUAUGGGACCAGGUACGACUGGAAACGCCAUGUGGGGCUUCCCUCUACAGCUGGGAUGGAAACUGAAGUCAGGCAGAUUGGUUGACCCUACAGGUGCUACUUCAUGUGGGAAAGAAACGGAUCCUAUGUGCAUUUCACCCCAGAGCUGGUGGGCAUGUGUUAAUUACUACCUGUCAGUGAUUCCAUUCCUGGCUGCCGUGGAGACUGGUAUUGUUGCUCAAGGCCUCAAGAUCCAGAUUCUGGCACCAAAUGAAAUGACCGAGGACUACUGCACCUCCUAUACAAACUGUUCUUCACAGCAUCCAGAAACGAUGGCCAAAUGGGUUACCUUCUUUCUGGCCCUGAAAAACCUCAGCACAUCUGAUAUUCCGGACUCGGAAAAAAAGGAUGAAAUACUAGGAGACAUGUGGACUGCCCAUCUCAGUUCAUUGCUUCCGUUAUCCAAAUGUAAUUCACGGCUUGAACACUACUCUGCUCUGGAGAGGCGCUUCUCUCAGAACUGGAUUAACUCUGCAGAGUACGUGGCUGCUGCACACAUACAGACCAGCAUGGAGAUGUCCAAGCUUUAUAUGGCCCCGCUCCCAAGCAGGGUCCUUCUGGAGGGAGACCGUCCACCCAACAUCCCUGACCUCAGUACGGAGGAAAAUCAUUCCCUCCAAGUCUUCCAACGGAUGGAAGAUAUGAACACAUUUCUGAGGGGAGGAUUGGUGCAGCUGUGGCGUUCUGCCAUGUGUUCAGAGAAGACUCGUCAGAAGGGGCGGGCUCUCCUGCAGAGCCUGCUGUUGGACCAAAAAUUCAUCGUGACAGGGCUUUUGUCCAUCCUGGCAGAGAUGACCAGCAGCUGCUUUGCCAGGACCAGUUAGCACACUCCAGCAUAGUUCAGUGUCACCCCAUAUGAAGGGUCGCUAAAGGGUCACUAAACUUUAAUAAAAAAUACAAAACAACA